CGAAUGCAAUGUAUAUAUUUCUUGUCUGUAUAUUCUGUCAAUCAUUUGUAUAUUAUAUUCAAACUACUGUUAUACUUAUUUUUUUAAAGGGGGACAUACUGACAAACACAAUUUACCAACAUUGUCUCUAAUGACUGGUGAAUGAAUGAACCCGUGUUGUUAUUAUUCGAUAACCUGUGAUCAGUCACAUAAUUAACCCACAUGCCGCCUACACCAACCUACCUGCUCACUACCUGGCUGCACUGAUAGAAGGUGUUGUCAAAACUGUAGCGUCCGACACUGGAGUACAGUACACGCCCACUGUACUGGUAGGCUACUGAAGAUAAUUCACGCCGAUAUGGUCCAGAUACGCUGUGGAGAAGGCUGUCCGGUAUCAUCAUCAUCAUCCGAAUGUUGAUCGUCUCGCUUGCGCAUACACACACCUAUUCUCGGAAAACAUUUGCAGUUUGCAACGGGGUGCACACUCGCUCAAACGCAUUCCUCAAAGUUUUAUCCUCUGUGUUUACAUUUAAUUAACUUUUUCUGAGUUAUGGAUGUCUUGAGUCAAAAGAUACGCAUGUGCUUUAUUUUGUUGGCGUUACUGAACGCGGUGGGGAUAUCUUUUGCUGUCAAAAGGACGUACGUCAGAAGAUCCGAGCGUCUCCAUCCACCUCUGGACAUUGAGCUGGAGACGAUCAACUGCACUGCAGUCCGGGUCAAGUGGAGGUUACCCUGGAGACACGUCAGUACUGUUACAGGUUACAAGGUGUUUUACACUGAGAUGAGGAAUGGCCGUCCAGCAAGUUCAGCAGUAGCAGUGAAUGUUCGUCUCAGUCUGGACAUGUUGGCUACAGUAAAGUUCAAUGGGCACACCAUUUUUGAUGUAGAAAUUGGCAGUUUGAAGAUGGCAGCUCAGUAUGUGUUUAGUGUCGGUGCUUAUGGAUGGGCAGGAGAGGGACGACACAGCGUGCCACGGAGAGUCAGCACCUUCCAACCAGAGAUGUGCAUGCCCCCCUCGGCCCCCUCACAACCAGCCGUAGGGGCCGUUUCAGACACUGAAACCGAGUUGUCAUGGAAACAGAGUGAAAGAAAGGGAAGCUCACCUGUCCUCCAUUUCAUUGUGUAUUAUAUCAGACCAGAGCUGGACUCUGAGUGGACGUCCCUAAAGGAUCCAGUGAACGGCAGCUCGGUGGUUGUGAGAGGACUGGAUCCUGACACUCAGUACCAUUUUGCUGUCCAGGCAGUCAAUGUCUACGGAGCCAGCCCACACAGCGUCAUCGCUGACCCAAUAUGGACCUUCAGUGUGCAGGAGGGGGGCAGCGGGAGCUUGGGUCAGGGUUCUCCUGGCAACGGCAACAUUAAUCAGGAGGAUCUGACUGAUGUUGAGAACUCUGAUUAUGGGGCCCUCAUUCAGGAGCUACUUUUCUCUCCAGAAGAAGACAGAAGAUCUCUGCCGAGGUCCCGAACAUGGAGUCCCUUCUCACACACAGGGGGAGGAGGAAUGUCUCCUAGUGAGAACACUGCUGAUUCUGGCACCAUCGUCACUGCUAACAAGGCAGCCACUAUAAUAUCCACCUCUACCACACCCAUUCCUGCCAACCACACCCUUACCACCGACCCAGUUGCCCUCACCUCGUCUCCAGGCCUGGAUAGCGUUCUGCCGACCCCUAGCUCAGCCCCACUCCCGGCCCGCUCCACCCUGGCUGGCCCCCUCUCCUCUACCCCUCCCAGCCCAGGUCCCAGUGGAAGGGACAGGUGAGGGGGCUGUAUGACCUGGCCUGUGAGAACGCUGUGUGUUCUCUCAACAGUGUGUGUAUAGAUGACUACCAAAGUGGGGGAUCUCGCUGUUACUGUGCCCUGGGCCGAGGAGGGGACGCCUGCUCUCAGGGUGAGACAAGAGAACCACUCUAAUGGACUAUUAUUGCUUAGUUGAUGGACACGAGUCUCUGUUUUGCUACUGAAUUUGAGCUUAUUUGUGUAUUAUUGUUCUGGGUUUCUUUGUCCUCCAGUUGUAGUGGUGAAAUAUCCACAGUUUUAUGGCUUCUCCCAUAUUGCCUUUGAGCCACUGAAGAAUUCCUAUCAAUCCUUUCAGAUCAUGCUUGAGUUUAAGGUAAAAUGUUGUCUGUUUCAUUCUGAAUGUGUUGCAGUUCCUUCAUAGAAAUAAGCUGUAAAGCUAUUUUGUACAUCCCAAAUAAAAGUCAACAGCAGGGUGACGGACAUGAGGCCUUGGCCAAUGGGAUGGGCUCUUAGUGGGGCGGAUGUGGGUGAGUCACUGAACUGAAGCCACUGGAUUCUAAUACAUUAAUGUUUCCAUCAUAAUCUCUUACCUCAUUUAUUCUCUCUGUUGAUAAGUUUAUCCCUGCUUAUUUAUGUCAUUGCGUGAAGGUCAUAGCAAGUAACAUGUCAAUCAAUGAUUAACAUAAGUGUUUAAUGACAGUAGGUUAUAAACUUGUAUUUGUUCUGAA